AUGAGGAUAUCAGAACCGAUUCUGGACAUGGACGUGGGAAAUUACAGUGAAGUUUUGGACCCAAAUUAUACCACUUUGGAAUUUGAAACGAUGCAGAUUUUAUAUAAUUCAAAUGAUAGUUCUGCCCCCGAGACAACAAGUAUGAAUACCACAGACAACGGUGUCGGUGUCAACUGUCUGUGUGCGAUAUGUGGGGACAGAGCAACAGGAAAACACUAUGGGGCAUCCAGCUGUGACGGGUGCAAGGGCUUCUUUCGACGCAGCAUACGCAAGAGUCAUGUUUAUUCCUGCAGGUUCAGUCGCCAAUGUGUUGUUGACAAGGACAAAAGGAAUCAAUGUAGAUACUGUCGAUUAAGAAAGUGUUUUCGAGCAGGAAUGAAAAAAGAAGCUGUGCAAAAUGAACGUGAUAGAAUAAGCACCAGAAGAAGCACAUUCGAUGGCAGCAAUAUCCCCUCCAUAAACACACUGUCACAAGCUGAAAUUCGGUCUCGCCAGAUCUCAGCCUCAAGCCCUGGGGUCAGCACUGACAUAAAUGUUAAGAAAAUUGCAAGUAUUGGUGAUGUCUGCGAAUCUAUGAAACAGCAGCUUUUAGUCUUGGUGGAAUGGGCUAAAUAUAUUCCUGCCUUCUGUGAGUUACCACUGGAUGACCAGGUGGCCCUGUUGAGAGCUCAUGCAGGGGAGCACUUACUGCUUGGAGCUACGAAAAGAUCCAUGAUGUAUAAAGAUAUUUUGCUUUUGGGCAACAACUACGUCAUUCACCGAAACAGCUGUGAAGUCGAGAUCAGCCGUGUGGCCAAUCGGGUUCUCGAUGAGCUUGUCCGACCAUUUCAAGAAAUCCAGAUUGAUGACAAUGAGUAUGCUUGCUUGAAGGCAAUUGUAUUUUUUGACCCAGAUGCAAAAGGACUAAGUGACCCAGUAAAAAUUAAGAACAUGCGGUUCCAAGUGCAGAUCAGUCUAGAGGACUACAUCAACGACAGGCAGUAUGACUCCAGGGGCAGGUUUGGGGAGCUGCUCUUGCUCCUGCCCACGCUGCAGAGCAUCACGUGGCAAAUGAUCGAGCAAAUACAGUUUGUGAAGCUUUUUGGAAUGGUUAAAAUUGACAACCUGCUUCAGGAAAUGCUACUGGGUGGUGCUUCCAAUGAUGGAAAUCAUCUUCAUCAUCCAAUGCACCCACAUUUGUCUCAAGACCCAUUAACUGGACAAACUAUACUUUUAGGUCCCAUGUCCACAUUGGUUCAUACGGACCAGAUCUCAACUCCUGAAACCCCACUACCUUCACCACCACAAGGCUCCGGACAAGAACAGUACAAAAUAGCUUCAAAUCAAGCUUCAGUUAUUUCACACCAGUCCCUCUCCAAACAAAAGCAAUUGUGAGAAUGUGUUUACUUCCGAAUAGCACUGCACAAAUGUGAAAGGCUUUUGGUCUUGAAAUAUCUCAGGAUAUAACUUUUGGCAAACUCUUAGCCA